AAUCCCUUCCCAAUCCCAACAGGAGAGAGCACAUCUGAACAGCAGUUAAUCCAACCCCAAACGGUUCUAGUAGUGGGUGUCGACCAUCCCCGCAAUUUCUCACAUUCUUUCCAACACAAAGGUCGUACCCCAGACGCCUCUCUUUCUCUUUCUAGUUUCCUCAUUUUCUCUCUCUAGAUUUCUCACUCUCUCUCGAUCACAUCUGAAAACCUAUAUCUUCAAUCUAUUCCUCUACAUAUCCAAUCUCCACUUCGCAACACAAUGAUCUAAUCACCUCUCUCUGUCUAUCUAUUUAUAUAUAUUUAUAUAUAUCAGUUCUGUUCACUUCUCUCAAACUCACAGAUCCGAUCCCGAAUCUCCCGAUCGGAUCGGAUCGGAUCGGAGCGUGUGAACAAUGGCGGCAUCGCGACGCCUACGAGACCUGCAAUCGCAACCGGGCAACAAGAUCUGCGUCGAUUGCGCCCAGAAGAAUCCCCAAUGGGCGUCGGUGUCGUACGGCGUCUUCAUGUGCUUAGAGUGCUCCGGCAAGCACCGAGGCCUCGGUGUGCACAUCAGCUUCGUCCGAUCCGUCACCAUGGACUCCUGGUCCGAGAUCCAGCUCAAGAAGAUGGAGUCUGGUGGAAAUGAACAGCUCAACGCCUUCCUCGCCCAAUACGGGGUCGCGAAAGAAACCGAUAUCGUCACCAAGUACAACACCAAUGCUGCGUCCGUCUACCGGGACCGAAUCCAAGCCCUAGCCGAGGGUAGGCCGUGGCGGGAUCCACCGGUGGUGAAGGAAACCCUAGGGGCUAGCAAGAAGAAGCCGCCUUUGAGCGGUGGGGGCGGCGGCAGGAAUGGUAGUUCGGGGGGAAAUGGAGGGUGGGAUAAUUGGGAUAGUUUUGAUGACGGUGGGUUCAGAUCAUCCUCAUCGGACAUGAGGCGGAACCACUCGACGGGUAAUGUUAGGAGCGGUUCAGGCAGUGGAGGUGCCCCGGCCAGGUCAAGGUCGACAGAGGAUAUGCAUACGCGGUCGCAAUUGGAGGCUUCGGCGGCAAAUAAGGAAGAUUUUUUUGCGAGGAAGAUUGCGGAGAAUGAAACGCGGCCAGAGGGGUUACCCCCAUCACAGGGGGGAAAGUAUGUUGGAUUCGGAUCAACACCAGCAGCCCCCGUGCCGCGGAAUAAUUCGCAGGGGGAUGUUCUUUCAGCUGUUUCUCAGGGAUUUGGUAGGUUAUCCAUGGUUGCUGCAUCUGCGGCACAAUCGGCUGCUACUGUUGUUCAAGCAGGCACAAAGGAACUCACUUCCAAGGUGAAAGAGGGGGGCUAUGAUCACAAGGUGAAUGAAACUGUCAACGUUGUCACUGCAAAAACAACAGAGAUUGGACAGAAGACAUGGGGGAUAAUGAAAGGUGUCAUGGCGAUGGCUUCGCAGAAGGUUGAGGAGUACACGAAGGAAAGCGGUGGCUGGAAGAGCGAUGGCUGGCAACAAAAUGAAACUGAAAGAAAUGGGUAUUAUCAGGACUUUGGACAGGAAUCCAAAGGAUGGAAUUCUUCUGGAGGAGGUCAACCCUCAUCUGGUGGGAAUUUUAAUUCUGUAAACUCAGGCUCCUGGGAUGAUUGGGAUAGCACAGACAAUCGGAAGCAAGAAUCCACAAAGGGGACAGCAUCCCAUAAUGGGGAUAAUAGCUGGGCAGGCUGGGACGAUGCCAAGGAUGAUGGAUACGAUAAUUUUUACCAGAGUGCACCUGACAAUAAGACGAUGAGUCACAAUGGGAAAUCAGAUACCAAUUGGACCGAGGGAGGCUUUCUCUAAGGUCAGUAUAUUAACCCAAGCAUUUUUAUUGUUCUUUUUACUUCCAAAAUUAAAUUUUCCGUAUAUCUGGUCGGGAAGGGCUUGUGUGUUUGAAAAUAGUUUAAAUAUGUACAAUUGUCAGAAGGGCGCGGUAAUUGCCGAUUUAAAAGAGAAUUGUUGCUCUGUGUUUGUGAGGAACAUUGUCUGUGGCUGAAAAUUUAGAUUGCCUUCGGAAAUGUAAUAACUUAGCUGUUUUAUUUCA